AUGGAGGUCUUCAUGACCAACGUCCCUCAGCAGUUGACGGAUCGCACCUUGGAGAAACAGCUGAAACCUUACAUGAAUGCCCUGGGCAUCACUGCAUGGACGUGUAAUUCCAAGCUCAACAAAAACGUCGGCUGGGUCACCUUUUUAAACCAGAAGGAUGGCGUCUUCUUUCUCAAACGCUAUGGCAAACAGAUCAUCGCUGAUCCAGCCACAACAGACGGCCGCGGCUUCUCGUCCAAAGCCAGAAAGGGCCCCAAGGAGAGGGCCAGGCUCUAUCUCAUGAACACCCCCAUAUUCGUCCAAGCAGGAAAUAAGGCACCGGACCCCUUCAUGCUCAAGAGCCUGCAUCAUCGCCUCCAGGAGAAAGUCAAAGAUCGGGAUCGACUCGAUGCUCUCUCUGCUGAGGAAGCCAUCGCAUUUCCAGUCAGACAAUUGGCUUGCGGUCACAAUUCUUUUCGAAACGGAUCCAAAACCCUGACCUUUGUUGAGCAGUAUCGCCUUGAUAUUGGAGCUGUGGCAUCAUUUGGCAGAAGGAUGAUUAUCACCAAGUUCACAAAUGAUUUCAAGGUUGAGAUUCCGUAUUCCUCUGUCUUUGAGUUAAUUCAUUCCUCAUCCCCAUGCACUUUUACCUUCAUAUUAUCCGAACCUCCCAAAUUCUACCGCAACAAGGUCAAGCUGGAAGACCAAUUUUCACAACUCACCCUUUCGAGACCGGCGCCUCAACACAAACAUGUUCUCGAUACUGAUUUUGACCACAAAAUGAUGUCGCUGAAGAACAGGCAACUUUUCAGCAUCGUCCACUUUCAAAUUUCGUACGAUGGACGCCCGGCUCAUUGGACGCUUGACUAUCAAAGCUCAUGGGAUGUUUUCUACAAGCACUUGACACAUUUAGGAACAGAGACGGCCUUACCCUUUCGCAUCCUUUUUCUCAUGCAGUCUCUGGUCUGGAACAAUUACCUACAUCCCCGGGUAGCCUAUGACUUGCUUCUCAAGAUCGAGAUUCUCUUCAGGCAGGCAAGGAAGGCGAAACGGCCAGACCCGCUAUCUGACCAGGCGCUUCAAAGCCUGCGUGAUGGGCCUCGAGAAUGUUUACCAUUCCCCACUCACGACAUACAUCCGAACGUAUUGGAUCCAGAUGAGAUUCUGAAGUUCCUCCUCGAGAUGGAAAGAAGAAUACAGGCGGAAGGUGACUACAGGAGUACCCUGUACGGUCCGGAUGUGUCCAAUCACCACGCAUGGGUGUUCAAAGCCAUGGUGACACCCACGAGAGUCACUCUUCACGGACCCGAGAUGGAGCCACUCAACCGCAUCCUUCGCAAACACCGAAACCACACAGACUACUUCAUGAGAGUGCAGUUCUGUGACGAGGACGGCACCGACCUCUGGUUCAAUCCAAGGGUCAACUACGAAGAUGUUUUCGAGCGCUACAAGAAUGUACUGAACAAAGGAAUUCAGGUUGCUGGACGAAUCUACCAGUUCCUCGGCUUCUCACACUCUUCUCUCCGAUCACACGCAGCUUGGUUCAUGGCCCCUUUCGUCGACGACAGCGGAGAAAUGCAGCUCUACAGACACAUCAUCAAGUCCCUCGGUGAUUUCGAAUACAUUCAAAUUCCGGCCAAGUGUGCCGCUAGGAUUGGGCAGACCUUUUCUGAGACACCUGCCUUCAUCUCUCUCACUGAUAGCGACAUCAGCGCCUGGAAUAUUCCCGACAUUAAGUCUUCCAUUGGGGGCGACGACCGCGUCUUCAGCGACGGGGUGGGCACCAUUUCCAGGGAAGCCCUCGAACUGAUCUGGCCCCGUCUGCCGAGGGGCUCUCUCAUCCCUACCUGCCUUCAAAUUCGGUGGGGAGGCGUAAAAGGGAUGCUAUCGCUUGAUACGCGUCUUCCAGGCCGUGUCGUGUGUAUCAGGAGAGAGUCCAUGGAGAAAUUUCCAAGUCAGGACACCGAGAACCUCGAGAUUUGCGGCGGAGCAUCCAAGCCACUGAAGCUGGUCCUCAAUCGCCAGAUGAUUAAGAUCUUGGAAGACUUGGGAGUGCGCAACAACUUCUUCCUUCGGCUACAAAAGACAGAACUAGAUCGACUUCGAGCUGUCACAGCGGACGCCUACAACACCGGAACCUUCUUGCAUAUGCAAGGCAUCGGACUAAACUGCUUCCUCCCAUCCUUUAUCAAGAGUCUUGAUAAAUAUGGCAUCGAUUAUCGACGAGAUGACUUCCUGCGGACAGUAGUCCAGAAUGUCGUGCUUCAAGAACUGCGGUUACUCAAACACAAAGCCAGAAUCCCUGUCCCGAAAGGCGUGACUGUCUUCGGAGUCAUGGAUGAGACCGGCUUCUUGAGAGAAGGGGAGGUGUACAUCGCUUACGAUACAUACCGACGACCUGGCAGGACUUCCAUUGAUGGAUCGUUGAGAGAUGGUCCUGUACUCGUCACAAGAUCUCCAGCUUUGCAUCCCGGCGACAUCCAGCUGGUCAAGAUGCGGACGCCGCCCGCAGGGCACCCGCUACGAAACUUGCGCAAUUGCAUAGCUUUGAGUCAGUUCGGCAGGCGAGACUUGCCCAGCCAAUUGAGUGGUGGCGAUCUGGAUGGAGACCUUUACAACAUUAUCUGGGAUCGGGACGCCAUGCCAAAGGUCACUUACAAAGCUGCCGACUACCCGCGAGUAACGCCGGCGGCUCUGGGCAGGACGGUGGAAAGAGAGGACAUGGCCAACUGGUUUGUCGACUUCAUGCAGUCAGACUGUUUGAGCCUGAUCGCGACGAGACAUCUGGUCGUGUCUGAUCAAGAUCCAAAUGGUACGCUGGGCAACGACUGCCUGACGCUCGCUGGGCUGCACUCGACAGCUGUCGACUUUUCCAAGACCGGUAUUCCCGUCGAUACGAAAGAGAUCCCCAAGGCUCCCAGAUUCCGCCCCGACUUACCUUGUCUGGCGCCUGCUCCACCCGCACAUAUUUUUGACCGAAACGAGAUCGAGUUCAUCGGUAAGAAUGAAACCCUGGAAGAGGACGACAAAGACAUGCUGCCGCCGCAUCAAUACUACAAGUCUGAGAAGAUCCUUGGCAUUCUCUACCGCAACGUCGAUGAGAAACAUAUCUGGACCGAGGAUAUCCAGCGAGUUGUGACCAGAGCUGGCCCUUCGGUCUGGGAUCAGUUUGUCGGGCUAAUUGAACGAAAAAUAUAUGAUUAUACUGGUGGAAGGGUGACGUGGAGAACAAGGCAAGCCGAGGCCAAGAGGCUUCGUGAUGUAUACGAAGAUACCGUUACACAGGCUAUGAGCACGUACUCGGACAAUCACGUGAAACGAAUGACUGAGAUUGAGGUCUUUUGCGGGUCCAUCUUCAACAAGGCUGGUGCCCAAACGAGGCGCCAGAAAGACAACUCCAAAAAGCUCAAGGCCGAGUUCGACCGUCUCUCGGAGUGGCUCGUGGGUCAAAUGCGACGCAAGCUCCGGACCGUGGAUCAGGAAGCCUCCUCGAUCUACAACAGCAGCAGUAGCAACCAGUACUCCUUUCUGUCGGACGAUCCCGUCACCCGCAUGCUCGCGCCAAACAGGGAGGCUUUGGAGAUGUCAUAUUCUUGCCUGAUGGUGGGCCUGAUGCCCAACGAGGGUUUCGAGCUCGAGGACGGGAAGCAACUGCAGAGCUUCAAGGUGAUUGCGGCAAGUGUUCUGCUCAAGGAGCUUACGGAGCUGGUCAACCGUAUAAGAGGAGGAAGAAUGGUCGCCCCAGGCAAUGGCUACGAGGGUGUAGGCGGCGGAUUUGUUGGAGUUAGCUCUGGGCCAACGAUGUCGUACGCUUACAACGGGUUCGAUGUGGAUGUUGGACAAUAUCCCAAUUACGGAUAUAGCGAGUAUCUUUGA